GGAGCUUCGGGCGGUUCAAAAUACAGAAUGAAAAAACAGAAAAUAAAAUUAAACAUCCACGAGUUGCUGUCCCGCGGCCCGGGGUGUGACCGUCCCUGCCCUCGGGGAUGGAGGUGCCUGAGCUUUGUCACUGCGCUCGGUGGGCUGAUGGUGCGGUGGUACUGGGAAACAGCCGAAAAUAAAAUGGAAAAGGAACGGUGCGUGUUUGCCUGGGAGGUAAAAACAGUAAGUUUCAGUGUGGUUUUUGAUACAGUAAACUUUUGACUGGUUUUCAGAGUAAUUGAUUUUUUUUUAUGUGUGUGCUCGUUGGCUGGUGCAUUUGAAAUACUUAAGCUUAUACAUUGUUAUCUUUCAGUGAGACUUCUAUUUAAAUAAAUUCCGCAUUGUUUUGAGGGUUUGCCGUGUUGGUGAUGAAGGGCAGCACGAUAAAAUAGUCUAAAAACUGGUACUCUAUUAUGAGUAAUGUACAGUGAUUUUAAAACUCUCAUCUUUCAGCUAAGGCUAUGUAAUACAGGGGUUUGCUGUUAAAAACCCCAAACUUAUGUAGCCUGUUUUUUUUUUUUUAAUUUCAAAGAAUCAUCUGAGGAUGACUUGGGGGCCAAGGAAUAAAAGUGAAGUGCAGACCAUCUGUUUCACCAUAGCAGUAAUAUUUGGCUAAGAGAAAAUAUGAAAUAGUAACUUGCUCAGAUGAGCGUCAUGUUGUCGGUGUUUAAGCUUCUUCCUCUCCUGUUUACUCCCUGUCUGACUCAUUGGACACCAUGUGCCUUGAAAUUGUUGUGCUGCAUUAUCCUCGUGUGUGUGAGUGUGUCAUAAUAGCUGUGUGCAAUCCAGGUGGAAUCACAGCACAGUGAGCAGCCAGAGCAGCAGUGGGGAGGGAGGGAGGGAGAGCUGCCCCUCCAACUGCAGUGAGAGGGAGCAGAGAUCUCCCCAUCCCUCUGCAUGAGUAACUGAGCUGCAGAGCUUCUAACAGAAAAGAUCUCAGUGAAGAGAGAAUUCUUUUCCUUGCUACAAAAAAACCUUGUGCUGAAGUUCAUGAGGUUCCUGUUGAAGUCCCACUGGUGUUUCAGCCGUUCAUCCCAGUUUGGUGGCAUCAGCAGACGUGGUGAGGGGACCCUGCCACAUCACCCAGGUCAUUAAUGAAGAUAUUAAACAAAACUGGACAGUCCUGACCCUGGGGUACACCACGGGGCCUGACCUCCAGCAAACCCAAAGAGCAUCAAAUUUAAAAAGAUUUGAGGUCCUUUGUAGCUAGAUUAAAUGAUGGCCAGGUUGGAUAUUAAAAAAAAAAAAACACCAGCCUUUUUUUAAUGUAUUUAUUUAAAACAAGGCUUUCAAAUUGCUUUUUGUAUUUGUUUGCAUUUGUACUUGUUCACAAGCUGAUACCAGUAAAUUUUAACAAUUAUUUGUAACCAUAAUACCAUGUUCUGAUAGGGCUGUGUAACUGUUGCUGGGAUCUAGGCGUAAGGUCAAAAAGUUUUGUUUGGCUUAAAACUUAUCUUGUUUUUAAAAAAAAAUUGCUUGAUUUGGGUUUUUUAAAAGUGUAUAUGUAACACUGAGUCCCAAAUUUGGGAAGAAGAGUUGUAGAAGGUUGAUUGUUUCUAAUAAUGUUGUUCCUUUUCACUUUCACCUCUUCUACAGUUAUUCUGGUAGCACUGUAAGACAAAUGGAAUAGUCUGGCUGGGCUGUAAUAUAUGUGCAAGAUGCUGUUGGCACUAAAUUUGACUUUGAAUUGUUAAUUCACCUGCAGUUGUACAAGAGCCUGUUCACUUCAUUCUUGGGUACCAUAAAGCUUGUUCUGAGUCAGCUUUCAGAAAUGUUCUACUAGAAUGACCUCAGCUUUGUGUGCUCAGUGUGCUAUUUUGAGUUUAUUUUCACAUAUUAUGGUGCUGCUGGGCAACUAAUGUUUUUAACAAGGAUUUGGCCCUUAUUUUCAUGUGUCUUUUUUCUGAUUGUAGCAGUACAUGGUAAUUCCAUCACCUCCUGGCCAUCCCAAUGAUGAAAUCAGAAGCUAAGGAUGGAGAAGAGGAAAGCCUGCAGACAGCAUUCAAAAAGCUGAGGGUUGACACAGCUGGAUGUGCCACUUCUCUCUCUGUGGGUGAUGGGACAAGUCCCAGAGCAAUAGUUAGAACAAUGGCAGAUGAAACCAAACCGAAGAAUGUGUGUGCUUCUAAGGAAACCUGGCAUGGGUCUGUGAAGAAGCCCUCGAGAGGAGUUGUGAGAACCCAGCGCCGCCGGCGUUCCAAAUCUCCAAUUCUUCACCCUCCCAAGUUUAUCCAUUGCAGCACAAAAUCCCAUUCCACAUGCAGCCAGCUGGUGCAGAAGAGCCAGGCUGAUGGCCAGGAGGACAGCAGUGGGUUUGGGGUGCCAGUCCCAAAGGAAGCCUGUGCACAUGAACACUGCAGCGUCACUCCGGACAUUGGCCACAAGGGAGCUGAGGAGCCUUUGGGAGUUUCUGCUGCACGGUUGACAUCAGAGAACACACAGGAGAACUCUCCAGCUGCAGCUUCUCCAGCAUCCAAAACAAGCCUAAAGACUACAGAGCUUUCUGACUUCCAGUCUAUGUGCAAGCUGAACACGAGUGAGCUGUGUGCAUGUGCAGAUAAAGCCUGUCAGUGCAAACUGUGGCAAGAUAUGGAAGUGUACAAAUUCUCUGGCUUGCAGAACACCCUCCCUCUGGCACCUGAUAGAACAGUGUGUGAGGAUCACUCCCAGCCUUUGCCAGCAAGAACUCCCUCAAGUUCUCCACGCUCUUGCUCUGAGCAAGCCAGGGCCUUUGUGGAUGAUGUGACAAUUGAAGAUCUUUCGGGGUACAUGGAGUAUUACUUAUAUAUUCCAAAGAAAAUGUCUCACAUGGCAGAAAUGAUGUACACCUGACAGCAAGGAGCACUAAAACCAGAAGGGUGGCUGGUUCAAAUCUGCCCUCAGGCACAUCAUGUGAAUAUGCAACCCACUCCCUGCUCACUGUGCUUGCAAUAAAAACACUUCUUUGCAUCUCA